AAAUCGUUUGAACAUUCCCUUUGCUUGGUCUCUUCAACGAAGCGGACGGGGGCGUUCUCCAGAUGGGCGCGUUUGCUGCAGGCCAACUUAAAAACAACGCAUAUGAUGAAUUCCCCUUUUCGCAUUUUUCCCAGUUUCCCCGUCCUGCCACGCUAACAUGAACUCACCCGCAUGAAGGCAUCCCCGGAUAAGCAGAUUGACCGGCGCGUUGCAUCCCUCGAAAAUUUGCAUAAACAUAAUGAUUUGCAAAAAAGAGAACAUGCGAGUUGCACUCUGAAUGUGUACUCAUCGACACACAUGUUUGUAUCUCCCCCUCCUCUCUCUUUUUUUUUUUUUUUUUUACCCCCCAUCUGCACAUACCAUGUGUACAAAGAAAGCAUAAAUUUUUUUUUUCCUUCGCAUCACCUCGUUUGAAGAGACCACAUUGCUUUCCUUUACUUUACCAUCCCACUGAACCAACACCCAUUUGACUAAAAGCGCGGAGAAAAAUGUGCGAUGUGGUACUGCUGUGUAGAGUCAGCGACGGCAUGACUUUGGUCGAAACGAACAGCGAGUCCAAAAAUAUUGCGCACAAAAUAGAGUUGAAAAAAUUAUGUAAGAGGCUGCACUCCUUCCCCAGCUUGUCCACCGUGACGUCCAACCAGUUCAACUACCACUUCCUCAUCGAAAAUGGAAUAGCCUACAUCGCCGUUUUCCCCGUCACCUACCCGAAGAAAUUAGCCUUUUUAUUUUUAAACGACAUUUGCAAGCAGUUCAAUGAAGAGCUGAUGAUCCAGUAUGGGACCCACUCGAUAGAUUACAGGUCCAUCAUUGAGACGAUCGAGAAGCCCUACUCCUUCAUCAAAUUCGAUAGAAAAAUUUCAAAAAUCAAACAGGAGUACAAGGACCCCCGCUCCAACAUCGCCAUUAAAAAGCUUAACGAAAGCCUGAACGAAGUCAGCAGCAUAAUGAGGAAGAACAUAGACGAUAUCCUCCUGCGUGGGGAGAAUCUGGAAGGUCCGUCUACUCACCGCAGCGCAGUUGCGUGGCAACCCCCGUUCGUUUGUGCCUCUUUGCAGUUGUAGACACGUGUGCAGAGAGGUCCCCCCCUUACACCUCCCACUUGCCCCUCCUCCCCAUUCAGACGUCGGACGGAAAGCCUUCAACUUGAAGUACGAGUCGGAGAAGUUUAAGAAGGUCUCCAGAGUGCUCAGCCUCAGGUACACCCUGUACCAAUACGGAAUCCUCAUCUUCGUAAUUUUCUUCUUCUUUUUAAUUAUCAUUUUUAAGAAUUAUUUUUAAUUGCCUGUCGCUGAUGAUCCAUUUAAAUUUUUUUUUUUUUUUUAUGUUUUUGUACCAAACUUUAAUUCCCCCCAAAUGUGUAUAUCUACGAGUUUAAUCAUUUUGAAACUU